CUACAUGACUAGCAUCGAGUACAAUUUAUUAUAAAUGACGUUAUUUCACAUUCAAUAUUUAUAGUGAUAAUCAAAGUCUACCAGCGAUAUUACGAAAAAUCGCCGCUUGCACAGAUUAUUCAUAUACGUCAAAGCGCAGUAAAGCGCCAUCAAAUGCAACUACCCACGAUACAUGUAUGAACAUAACCAUGUGCCACAACCAGCCACGAUAAAAUCGUCGGAUGUAGCUCCGUUUAAGUUGCGCCGGUUCCGAAUUUUUGUAAAUAAUGGCUCUCUGUCGAGACGCGAUCCUGAGCCUUUAUCGGAAUUUGAUCCGAGAAAGCAAAAAGUGGAAUUCGUAUAAUUACAGAAUGUAUGCUCUGCGAAAAAUACGACAUGAAUUUAAAGAAAAUAAAACGUUACAAGAUAAGGACAAGAUUAAACAGUGUUAUGAAAAAGGACAGGAAACAUUGAAAAUAAUCAAGAAACAAGUCAUAUUGGGUGAUCUUUACAGCACUAGGCCCUUAGUGAUUGAAACUAGGAGCAAGCAGCGUAAUACUUAAUAGUAAAAUAGUAUAAAUAAUUCUAAUUAUUUUUAAUUUAAUAUUACACUUUUCAUCUGCUUUGUAUCUAUCGUUUUCUUUUAAUAUAUUACGAAAUAAGCUCAAAUUAAGGAAAUGUAAUCAUUGAAUAUACAAUUACAUUUAAAGAUUUUAAUUCAAAAU